AUGUUCAUAACAGCCAACAUUGGCGUCGCCCUCGGCUUCUUCUUGGCUGCUGGAUGGCUCACAGGCCAGCUGAGCCACAUCGUGGGCCCGCGGCGUCGAGGGUGGUUGAUCUUGUGCAACUUCAUCCAGUCCUGUCUGGUCUUCGCGGCCGGUGCGAUCCAACAUGUGUAUGGAACAGAUCUCACAGGGCCACGAACCCUGGUUGUCAUUGGACUGUUGGCGUUCGCUGCCGGGAGCCAAGUUGUCCAAUCUAGGUCGCUGCAGAUGACUGAGAUCUCCACGGCUAUGGCCACAGCGGCGUGGGUCGACCUGAUGAUCGACCCCAAUCUAUUCGUGUUGAAGAACCGCCCAAGGACAAGACGUGUUGCCUUCCUCGCCUCUCUUGUGCUCGGCUCGCUCCUGGGUGCCUACAUCUAUAAGACAGCAGGCUCUGCGGUCGCUCUGUUCGUGUCUGCCGGAGGGAAACUCCUCGUCACGGCCAUGUACUUGUUUAAUGGAGAAGACAAGAAGGUGCCAUCAAGCGAGACUGUUUAA